AUGCAACGACGCGACGACCAGGACAUCGUCGAGAAAUUCAUUUAUGAACUGUCCAAGAUGCGUGGGAGAUGUCUCGAUGUGUUGUCGGAGUUGCCGAGUGACCAAGUCAAAAAAUAUGACAAUGUUGUGUCAUUUUACUGUUUGCAUUAGUGUAACUAUAGCGCGCGCACUUUCGAGAACAUUUACAAGCUACUGCGACCAAAUGAGAAAGCACUUAUGAUGAUCCUUAAAGGUGCUUGA